GAAACGGAUAUACGUAAUGUAGCGGAAGAGAAAUGUAUACAAUGGCAAUUUGGAAAUCAAUUAAGUUAUGAAAAAAAAAAAAAAAAAAGAAAAAAAGAAAAAAAAACAUUAAUUGCUUGUCUUGUCUUUGUGGUCGAUGUCUUCUGGAAUGGCGGAUUGCGAGCAGUAGUGCACUGUUAAACGUCGCUCUUUUGCCUCGACGAGAAUCGGUAUUUGACGUGUCAGGCAGAGAGAGGAGGUAUAUUUAUGACAACUGCUGAGCUUGACAUUGUAGUAUUUAGAUGUGUGUGUGUUACAUGUCGACAGAGUAAAAUAAAAUACAAUAAAACAGGCUGAGUGUUUCCACGUGUGUCUUUUUAACGCUUUAAAAGGCAGCUUUGAAGAAUGAGUUGGUCAUUUGCAAGGGAAUCCAGAGGAGGUUGCUAAUUAUAAAGGCUGUUUAGAAGAUGCCAAGAAGAAAACAGCAGAAUCCACAACCUGUAAAGUCUGAUUCUGAAUAUGGCUUAGGCACUGUGCAUCCAGCAAGCCUUACCUUUGAGAGUGACUUUCUGCUGGGACAGGAACUGGAGUAUCCUGACAAUGACAACAACAUCAUAGGCCUUGAAAAGUUCUCAGCUGACAUCAGUCUGUCGGGCUUCCCCCUGGGAGACGAGGAGAGCUCCCCCUUCAGCCGCCUUAGUAUGGAGAGUGACGCUGACGACCUGCGCAUGACCGAAAGCGAGCGUGAAGAGAGGGUUUCUGAGUCUGCCUUUCCCUCUUACCUCUCUUGCAGGGGCUGUGGUCAGCUCCUGGAUGACCCUCUGGGACCCAGCAUUGACUUGGUGGGGCCCUACUGCAUUCGCUGCUGCAAAGGCGUUGUGGAAGAGAGGAAACUUUGCUCAGGCUUAGGCUUAUAUGCCGAGUCUAGAAGGGGAGGAAAUGAGAGUGCUGGUGGCAAGGAUGGUUCCCUGAAGCUACAUUCAUGCAAACUUUGUGGUUUCACAUCACGCUACACUAACCAUGUUAAAAGGCACAUGAAGACACACAAUGGCGAAAAGCCCUACGAGUGUCCGUUGUGCUCUUACGCGUCGGCACAACUGGUGAACCUGAAAAGACAUUUGCGCAUACACACAGGUGAAAAGCCCUAUAAGUGCAACAACUGCAGUUUUGCAUGCUCUUCUUUAGGGAACCUGAAGAGGCACCAACGCAUGCAUGCAGCUGCUAGCCCUGCUCAAAAUGGUCCUCCGCCAAUGAGAGGCAACAGUUUAAACUGCACUGCUGUUGGUCAGAGAGAAAAGGAAGUGGCUCUUGUGCCCAGUGAAGAUGCUGUGCAGUCUGAGUCACGUCCCCACAUGGGAAGGGAUGGCAGCUACAUGCAGACCUUUGAUGGCCUCAGGUCAGCUCAGCAAUCAUCAGCAGCGGUGUUGCAGUCAGGACAGGCUGCUUCUGAACCAUCCGCCCAACCCCCCAUGUUCUUCCCCUUCACCUGCCGGCUGUGUGGCAUGGCCCUGGAUGACGAGGAUGGAUCCUCAGCCCAAAUUUGUGCCAAAUGCACACUAGAAAUGCUAACUAAAGACACACCAGGCUGCCCCACAGAGCGAGGGGACAAGGUCUACACCUGUGCCACCUGCUCCUUCCUUACCCAUUACCCAAAUCACCUGGCCCGCCACAUGAAGACCCACAGUGGAGAGAAGCCAUAUAAGUGCCCUCAAUGUGACUACGCCUCUGCUCACUUUGACAACCUAAAGCGACACCAUCGAGUACACACUGGCGAAAAACCCUACAAAUGUCACCUCUGUGACUAUGCCUGCGGGAACCUGGCUAAUCUCAAGAGGCACCAGCGGGUUCAUUCGGGCGCCAAACCGUUUCAGUGCACAAUCUGCAGCUACAGUUGCAACCAGAGUAUGAACCUGAAGCGCCACAUGUUGCGCCACACGGGGGAGAAGCCCCAUAAGUGCCAAGAGUGUGGCUACACCACCGGCCACUGGGAUAACUACAAACGACACCAGAAGAAGCACAGCCUCGCUACGGAUGGCUGGGUUAAAAUUCCGAUGCCCGGAAAUGAAGAAGAUGUGGAGGAUGAGGAAGAGGUGUAGCCUUAAGGCUAGGGUAUACAUCGUUUUUUCCGCAUACCGCCUGAAGAUUCUGGAAAUGUAGGAUGGCAGGGGAAGACUAUCUGAUUUUUUUUUUUUUUUUUAGGGUUAUGUGUAGGGGUGGGGUUAGGGUUCUAAUCAGGUAAUGCUUUCCUCAUGAAUAUAAAUGACUCUUCCAAUGCCAUCCUACAUUUUGGAAAUUCAGAAAGUGUUGCACAGUCGGGUGUUCUAGUCUUUUAAUGUACUUUUUUGACCCCAAACCUGCAUACAUACAGUACAUGCAUUCGAAGCAUGUGCACUACGAUUGCUUUGUUAUACUCUUUAGGACUGCCAACUCUUAAGUGUAUGUUUAGAAAAAUUGGGCUGCGCAACGACUGCGCUGAUGAUGAAAUAAAUGUACAUACUGGACGUGGAAAAUUAGUAUAGUUUAGCCUUAAGAAGUCUUGUGAUGUACAGAGGUUGAGGAGAGUGAGAGAUUUGUAAUUGAGAGCGAUAUUGUAAGACAGCCGUCCAUAAGAGAUGUUACAGUAAGCUUUAGUGAUGCCCAGAAUUAUUUUAGCCAUUUCUUGAAUAUAUACAGAAGCUGCUACACAAAGUCAUUUACAACUUUAAAUAGUUAUUUGAAUGUUUUAAUGCCUUUGAUAAAGGCAGUUUGUGUUACCCAAAGCUCUCUAAGAGCAUUCUGAGCCUGACCUCUAUCCAUUUAUCAGUGCCAAACAGACACUACUGCACCACUACCAUACUAAAGAAGCUCAUCUGUAAGCCUGACAUUGCAUGUACACUUACGUUUACCUUGGUAACUGCUUGGUUAACACUCAGUCCUACUGGGGGAAAAAAAUGCCUUCAUAGAUCACAAUUAUUUUCUUCAUGUUUUAAACAUGUUUUUUGUUCUGAAUAAUUCUGGGUGACUGUGUUGCCUUUUUUUUGUCAUGUGUAUCUAAUUGACUGUAAAAUGUAAUUUGUUUGCGCUUACUUGAAGGAAAAUGGUGCAUAGUGGAUAUUUGUGUCAUGCUGAACAUAUAGCUUUUAUUUUUGUAUAUUAUUUUUAUUAUAUUUGAUCUUUGAGGAAUGUUUGGCAUGUAUUUGCCACCUGUGGCAUCAUGCUAGCUAUAUUGGAGGGCAAAAGUAACCGUAAACCCUAUUAUGCAGUAAAACUUUCAGGUUGCCAAGACAUGAUUGAAAAUUAAGAAAUUUUGUAGGUGUGUGGUGCUUGAGUAUUUUCCUGUAAUUAUACAGUGGUUUUAUUAAUGCCUUAAAUAUCUUAAAAUAAAACAUUUGUGCUAAAAAGAUCAGUUAUGUCCUAUAACUAUUCACAUAACUGUGUUGCAGACGUUACAUGUAGAUCAGCAGGAUGUGAUUAAGAUGCAGAGACAGGCAGUGUGUAAUCCUCACUUUUAUAAUGAGAGCUGUAAUCCUUUUCACGCUCUGCGGUGAACAGCUCCGGUAAACAUGCUAAUGAAGACAGAGCCACAGGCAGCACUAGGGCACUAACAAAUCUAGCAGUGAUCUGCAUGCUGUUAAGCAUUAAGGUUUUUGAUCAUGUUUCUUAAGUGAGUCGGAGCCUGUUUUACAAAAAGCUUUGGUAUAUUAAUAAGACAUUUGACAACGUAACUAAAGAACAAUUCCAGUUUUAGGACUACAGCUGCCUCAGUGUUUCAGAUUUGAAUCCUAAUUCUUUUGGGCUGUGAUCUUUUGCAUUAGGUUAAAAAAAGGAGCUUUAUUGAGUGGAAUUUUUCACUAGCAAAAUCCCAAGCAUAGAUAUGAGUGUGACAACAAAAAGCCCCAUAAAUCACAAUCACACACUGAAAUACACAUCAUGUUUGUGGCACUGAGACCAGGAGACAAAACACCUCACACAAGGAGUGGCAUUGUUUGGCACCUACAUUUAUUGAAACCCAGACGGCUCUAUAACUUCCAUUCUUGCAUUUAAAAUGAUUGAGGAUUUGUAAAAUAAAAUCAUAUUGACAAGCGUUAUGAGAGACAUAUACGUUUUAGGAGUAUAAAUGGUAUACCCUUUUUAUUCUAGAUAUGCUGGUGAACAUACUGAACCCAGCAAUCACGAAUUACAGUCAAUAAUUCAAAAAUAAAUCAGACACCCUGUGCAGCACAUUAACAUUAGAAUAACCUUUGCAUUGAACACAUUCUGCGAAUGGGAGGAAUCGUGUCUCUGGAAUGAAGGCUACUGCAGAAUGAAUGAUAUGGUCUUUUCAUUCAGCUUGACUAUCAAUGCAGUCAAAACCCCAGCAUUUUCCAAGCACCAUCUUAUCAUAGUCCUCUGAGAUGAUUGCCACAAUGCAUUUAUAAAAAAAAAAAAAAAAUAAAAAAAUGGAAUGGUGUUCUUCCAAAUAAAAUGUAUAAUUUGUGCUAAGAUGAUCACUGAAAAUUAGAUGUGGAAUUUGUAAA